AUGACUGGGUCAAGCUCACCUGCCCAUCCAACAGUGCGUCCAAUUUCCGAUGGCCCAUUUCCAGAAAAGGGCUUGAUAUCGUUUGAGGGUGGCUUGGACGCGACGGUGGCGGCAGCGCUGGCCAAUGCUCGCUCAUCUGCGCACCGUCGCUCCUCGCCGGACACGGCACCAUGGUCCGUACUCGGCCGUAGUCGCGGUCUUGCGACCUCUCGUGCAUCUGAAGAGGAAGAAUCGGAGUCCUCCAUUCCUCUUCCUGCCGCUCAGCGAAAGAAGAAGUCAUCCGACGAGAAGGACCCUGACUUCUCAAGAUGGUUGAACACGACGGGUAAGCUGUACAAGGACCCAGUCAGGCCCGCAACUGGCUUGGUGGAAAACCGCCUACGCCUGUGUCUGGGAUACUCCGUGAACGGAUCUACAACGAGUACCUACUCGAUCCCGAGCUGUAAAUGUGCGGACGCUUUCGGAACGACAUGGCAUAGCAUACAACGCGUCGAUGCCAUUUUGAGGUUGCGGGUCUGGAGGAAAGCUGGAGACAGUUAUGCCGGGUGGAUGAGUUCGCGAGUUUGGAAGACCACUGUGGUGCCUUACAUCGCCCGAACAAGCCCUGCAAACCGGUUUCCAAGCGGGCAUGGAGAGAUACUCGGAGUCUCAGAUGUCAUUACGAACCGAGGUCUCACAAAGCUUACAGUGGAGCUGAGUGAGGAUGCCAUUGAGGCAGAUGCUGCGAGCUCUGCCACAAGGACCGUGCACGAGACCGGUAUCAACGGCUUUUUGGGAACCAAUUGUCGAAGGCCAAGAGGAGGUACAUGCUCUCGUACAUCGACUGGUCGGUCCAGCAUCAAGUUCGUCGAUGUCGGCGGCGCGUACGUCGAUGUUGAUGACCGUUUGGCGAGGUUGAAGGCGGCCAAGCACCGAGCUCAGGUGAAAGCGAAGAGGAGGGCAAGCGUUCAUUCGACGAAGGGUGGUGCGAAGUCGAAGGCUGCUGUCGUGACGCACUGA